AUGGUGAGAGCUCCUUGUUGUGAGAAGAUGGGAAUGAAGAAAGGUCCAUGGACACGAGAAGAAGAUCAAAUUCUAAUAAACUACAUUAAUCAACAUGGCCAUGACAAUUGGCGGUCACUUCCAAAACAUGCUGGUUUGUUAAGGUGUGGAAAAAGUUGUCGUCUCCGGUGGAUUAAUUACCUCCGGCCAGACAUUAAACGCGGAAACUUCAGCAAGGAAGAAGAGGACACCAUUAUCAAGCUACAUGAAGUUCUAGGAAAUAGAUGGUCAGCCAUAGCAGCAAGAUUACCGGGACGUACCGACAACGAAAUAAAAAAUGUGUGGCAUACCCAAUUGAAAAAGAGGCUCAAGAAAAACCAGUCCAACCCAGAAUCCAAAUCAAAGACUACAGAAACGUCCGAGUCCGAGCAAGACACAGAAAAAGGACCAAAGCCCACGAAUUUUCUGAAGCAAGAGAGAUCGGAAAUUCAUGGGUACCUGUCCAAUUCCCCAGAAAAUUCAUCCAGUAUUGAUGUCUCCUCGGUCACCACCUCCACCGGCGACAACAACGGCGAUUGUUUGUGGACUGAAACACUGGAAAACUUUCCUGACAUGGACGAAAAUUUCUGGUCAGAUGUGUUUUCUACAGAAAACACGGGUGUGACAAGCGAUCUUCCGGCAGAAAAUGGUGACCUUUUACUUCAAUUUCCAUUUUCUCCACUUCAUGAAAUGGACCAUGAGUAUAUUCAUGGUGUAAACAUGCAUGAUUGGAUUGACUUUUGGGAUGAUCUCUUUACAAGAUCUGAGGGGGCAGUGCAGUGCAGAGGUUCUGCUUUUACGCAUAAAAUGACGUCAUUUUAAGUAUAAAUCGAUAUCGUUGAAGAAC